GCAAACCAUAUUGGCGGACAAAGAGCGAACUUAGGAAACUGGAACUCAGAGUCAUCUCUCUACCUCUUUAGUGACCAACAUUUUGUCUGUUUAAUCACAUAUCAAUAAAACAUCCAUACAAACUGUUGCAUUCACAGAGCUAUUUUAGUUAAUUUUGAUUAUGCAAUUAGGCAGAUGGAGAAACAUUUCUAUAAUAAAAAGCAAUCUCAUUCCACCUUUCUCACAAUCAACCACCAAAACCCAGUUCGCUUCAAUUCAUUCCACACCUACAACAGCCGAGAAAAGGAAGAACAAAGGGCAUAAUAAUCAUACAAAUGGAUUUCAACAGCCAGCGAAGAAUUAUGCAAGAUAUGCAAUACGUGAAAGACGUGCUGAUACAAAGAGAGCUUUGAGAGACCUACUCUUCCGAAGUGGAGCCACCAGAGCUUCACUCCAGGAUGACGACAGACUAUGGGCAUCUAUCCCGGAGCAACCACAUACUGCCAACAAGAAAAGGCAACAAAAGCAUUCUGCUCAAAACAUUGGGAAAUUUAACCACAAGAAAAGCAGAUCCAAGUCUAGAAAAGAGAGUUUUUCUGAGGAUGAUGACCCAGAGACAAUGUUUCAAGCAACAUUUGGGAACAGAUGGUAUACUUGGUCUUUCAAUGCUUCUUCUUUCCAAAGGUCAACAUUUGGAUUCGAGUGGAGAGAAGAGCAUUCAAACCAGACACAUCAUCGCAAUAAAAAGUGGAAUUCUAGAAGUGACACCGAGUCUGACGACGAGCCUUGUUCUAUAGGAUCGUGUCAUGACAGAAGGAUCCUUGGUUUGCCUGCAAAUGGUCCUUUAAAGAUUGAAGAUGUUAAAAACGCUUUUCGCAUGUCAGCAUUAAAAUGGCAUCCUGAUAGGCAUCAAGGACCUUCUCAGGCAAUGGCUGGAGAAAAAUUCAAACUUUGCGUUGAUGCAUACAAAUCAUUGUGCGAUGCGCUUUCCUGAUUUGGAACAGUAGGUGCGUGACGCGGAUUGGAUCUGAUUAGUCAGGGCGAAAUUCUGGAAACCGGAUGGAUUUACCAUACAAAAAAAAAUGGUGAAAUGGUAUUAUAAAAGCAUCAUACAAGUUUCAAUGUGCGAAGUUUACACAAUAAACUCCAAAAGAAUGC